UAUUUGGAAGCCAUUUUUGUUAAGUUUUUCUCAAGUUGUUGUUUUGUUUGCUGUUUUGAAAUAAUUUUUUUCAAGUUUUAAUUUUGAGUGGGAAUACCUGAAUAAAUUUUUUAAUUGCCAACGAUUUUAUGAUAUGUCAGCCAUGAAUCCUGAAUAUGAUUAUUUGUUCAAAUUACUGCUCAUUGGUGAUUCUGGUGUAGGAAAAUCAUGCCUAUUACUCCGGUUUGCUGAUGACACAUACACAGAAAGUUACAUUAGCACGAUAGGAGUUGAUUUUAAAAUUAGAACAAUUGAAUUAGAUGGAAAAACGAUAAAACUGCAAAUAUGGGACACAGCGGGGCAGGAGAGGUUUCGAACCAUCACAUCAAGCUACUACAGAGGAGCUCACGGCAUCAUCAUUGUUUAUGAUGUCACAGACCAAGAAUCUUUCAACAACAUCAAGCAAUGGCUGCAGGAAAUUGACCGCUAUGCCAGUGAGAAUGUCAACAAACUACUAGUCGGCAACAAAAGCGAUUUAACAUUGAAGAAAGUUGUGGACUACACCACAGCAAAAGAGUAUGCCGAUCAGUUGCACAUACCUUUCCUGGAGACGAGUGCCAAGAGUGCUACCAAUGUGGAGCAGGCAUUUGUUACCAUGGCAGCUGAGAUAAAAAGUAGGAUGGGCCCGACGGGACCGUCAGCUGACAAACCAAAUGUAAAGAUAACAAGCAGCACGCCCGUCAAACAAAGCUCUGGUGGAUGUUGUUGAAAUAUUUGAAAUACGUGACAAAACUCAUUUCAAUUUAUAACCUUUUAUCCAAAUUUUUUCACACCACUCAUUGAUUAUUAUUUAUUAAAUUAAAUAUAUUGACAAUUGUGAUGUUUUUAAUAUUGUAAAAAUAAUAUUAGCAUGAAAGACACUUACUUUUCGCCAGACUCCAUAUGUUUUACUGAAAUCAUUCCACCAUUUCAUGUACUCAGAUUUAAAGUUCGAUUUUGGGUCGACAAUCAUGGAUCAUUAUGUUCAAUCUAUUUCAGAUCGAGUUUUGACGCGACGUCAGAUUAAAAUUUUUAGAUGUUUUGAAAUAAACACUAGUAAAGCAUU